UACGGCUUUGCUCUUGGGAGCCUCAAACGGCCACGUGGACGUGGUCCGCGAACUCUUGGCCGCCGGCUGCGCCAAGGAAAUCAAAUUAGGUGAAGGUGCUACAGCUUUGAACCUGGCAUUUCAACAUGGCCAUGUGGAAUUGGCGAAUGAGCUGUUGGCCACAAGCUCCACCAAGGACUGCUCGGGUGAUGAUGGUCCCACCUCGGCGAAAACGGGCUGGACGGCAGUGAUGACUGCAGCGCGAGACGGUCAGCGCGAAGCGCUGCACCAGCUGUUGGCUGCUGGUGCUGACAAGGACGGCCAGACAGACGAGGGCUGGACGGCUUUCAUGAUCGCGGCUUUAAAUGGCAAGUUGGAUAUAAUUCGAGAAUUGCUGGCGGCAGAUGCCAGCAAGGAGAGCCAAAGUGAUACCGGCUUGACUGUUCUGAUGAUUGCUGCCCAUGGCGGCCAUCUCGAAAUGGUGCAUGAAUUGCUGGCUGCUGGUGCCAGCCAGGACUGUCAGGACAACUUGGGUGUCACAGCUUUGAUCUGGGCUGCCCUGAGUGGUCAGUGCAAAGUGGUGCAUGCACUGCUGGCUGCUGGUGCAAAUAAGGACCACCAACAAAAGAGCGGCAACACGGCUCUAAUUUGGGCAGCAUCCAAUGGCCAUGUGGAAGUGGUGCGAGAAUUGCUGAGUGCAGGUGCAAGCAAGGACCUCAAAACCAAUGAUGGUCAAACGGCCCUUCAGCAUGCGCAGGGCCGCGGGCACCACGAGGUCAUCAAGAUCCUCGAGGCCCCUCCAGAAGAGGAACACGAAGAUGAUACUGGUCUUGAGAUGGCGCGAUUGGAACCUCAAGAAGGAGCUGAACAGGGAACUUUUUCAGCUUUGCAAGUGGAGGUCCAACUGCCUCAUUGGUUGACCUCUGAUGCAUUCUGCCAGGCGCCGCAACCAGCAUCUUCUGGGCUCGACAACGGUUCCAGCAUCAUCGAGGACCACGGAGACGAUGAUAUUGUUCCGAGCCCGCCAGGAGCUGAACAGGGAGCUUUGUCAGCUUUGCAAGUGGAGGAAGGGAAUGGCACCGCUCCGCGAGGCUCAGGAGCUCAGGGCUCAGCUUGGUCAAAUUUGCCAUUGGAGGCAGAUUGAUUGAUGGGAUGACCAACUCAUCGUCGAAUGCCAGGGUCGUCACCACUGUCUCACACAACCUCAAACUGCCGAUGACCAGAAGCGCUAAGAAAUUGCUCGCAUGGCAGCUUCGCAUGGCUUCGCAACUACGGAACAAACAGUUCGUUCAGGAAACAGCUGCCAACCAACUUCCAUUCAUAAAACCUAGACCUAAACAAAGACAUCAUGAAAAAGCACUGAUUGCAGAAACACUGCAUAUCACUAGACCACCUUGCGGUCCAAUACUACCCAAGACCACCUUUUACAAGUCCGAAGGGUGCCAUUACAGUAGAUGUUCCCUCCACAAAUACCGUAUCACUUCCAGGGACGGUUUUGAUAGUUGACUUGGGCAACUCAGCUCCGUUCGCUCAUUUCUUGUCCAUCCAUGGAUUGAGAUUGUCCAAUUGUCCAUUGUCUCAUUGGCAGGACCAUCAAGACGAUGGCGC